CAAUUUUUCACGAGAUGGUAAAUAAGAUAAUAUCUGAAAUUUGAAGGAUAAGGAGGGAAAAACCCUCAGUUUCUGCUUUCUUCCCCUCCCCUACUUAUAGCAGCUUUUGGAUUUGAGUUACUUCCCAUUUUAUUUUCCCCACUAACCCACCACAAUUUAUCUGUUUAUUUUAGUGUGAGAGAGAGAAAACGAGUUAUUGACUCAGUGAGUUGACACAUCCAAAUCCAUAAACCAAAAAUGAUGAUGAUCCAUCGCCAACAUCCGACGGUUGAUAUUCCACCAUGGGACCCACCGUAUGAUGAUCCAUCCACUCCCAUCUUCUCGCCACAAACAAACGAUUACUUUGCUGCUCUGAAGCGUUACUUGCCGUCGUCUGAGUUUGAUGACUCGGAUAAUGAGUCGUCGGACUUGCCGUUCGACUCGUUUACGUGCGAUAACUUCCGAAUGUAUGAGUUUAAGAUACGGAAGUGCGUGCGUGGGAGGUCACAUGACUGGACUGAGUGUCCGUAUGCUCAUCCCGGUGAGAAGGCUCGUCGGAGGGAUCCCCGGAAGUUUCAUUAUUCCGGCACUGCGUGCCCGGAGUUUCGCCGUGGGAGCUGCCGGAAGGGGGACUCUUGCGAGUACGCGCAUGGUGUGUUUGAGUGCUGGUUACACCCUGCUCGCUACAGGACUCAACCUUGCAAGGAUGGGCCCCACUGUAAACGCCGUGUUUGCUUCUUUGCUCACUCCCCUGAGCAGCUAAGGGUCCUUCCUUCUCUCUCCACCGAGUCACCCCCGAUUCGUCUCGGUUAUGACUCAGUUGACGAGGUUGGACUGGGCGGCGGUUCUGGGUUGUCUUCUUAUACGCAGGAGCAGCUUCGAGUUCUUCCUCCUCUUCCCGAGUCGCCACCGAGUUAUGGACGACUCGGGAGUGAGUCAAUGAACGGGUUUGUGGGUUCGCCGCCGAUGAAGCUGGGGUUCAACGGGUAUUCUCCGACGUCGGUGUUCGACUCGUUUCCUGACUCACCGCCAAUGUCUCCAAGGUAUGCAUCACCUAACUCGGUGAAUGAACUCUCAAAUGCGAUGAGGGGACUGCAGUUGGGAAAGCUAGGAGUGGGACCGAGAAACUUAUGGGGGGUACAGAUGGGUUCGCCAAGGAGUCCAAGAGGGUUCGUGUGUGGUAGUAGUUGUAGUGGUGUAUCCGGUGGUCUCUGCGGUGGUGGAAGUUUACCAACCACCCCAACUCGGAACCCAACACGGUCUGGACUCGGGCUGUUUGACCUGUGGGAUGUGAAUAUCGAGGAAGAGGUGCCAAUGGAACGAGUUGAAUCAGGGAACGGUCUGCGCGCAAGGAUGUACGCAAAGCUGUGUAAAGAAAACUCACUUGAUCAUGACCGAGUCAACUCGGUGAGUCCAGGUCCAGACUUUGGUUGGGUAUCUGAGUUAAUUAAGUGAUGAUAUGGUAAGGGCAUUUUCGGUGAUUCAAAACAUUUAUUCUGCUGAUUUGUGAAUAUAUGAAGAAGACGAAUUUCAACUUUUCCGGUGUAAAUAUUGUUUGAAGAAAAAAAAUUGGAGGAAAAAAAAAAAUGAAGAGGCUGAAAUGACCAAAUGGUCUCCUAUUUUGUGGGUUGUUAUUUUGGAGGCAUUUUGGUAGGCGAGGUCAAAAAAGGAAAUUGUGAAAGUUGAAAAAAAGAAUGUAUAGAUGGCGAAGAUCUAUUGAGACAGGCUGCUUUUGGAAGUAUUUAGAUGUUUUUUUUAAUUAUUUUGGGGUAUUUGGAAUUAUUACUAUUUAAAAGACUUUUGCUAAUUGUUAAUUCUGGAUGUAGUAUGAUUAUGAUGUUAAUUAUGGGUCCGAUUCGGAGAUUAUUGAUUAAUCUGAUGUAAUUAGAGCGUUUUGUGUUGGUUUCUAUCAAUGUGAAUGGUUAUUUGCGAGCUUUUCAUUCUUA